UCUUCUGCUAAAACAUCAGGGCUCAUUCAUGGAGUCAUGUGAUUCUUCUUUUUCUUUGACGAAAGUGCCCUUGCCCUUCUUACAUUAUCCCCACUCCACCCCACCUUCUCAGCCUAGCCCAGCCCUUCUCUUUGCUUGCAGUGCAAGUGCCACUUCCACACCUAAGCCCUGAAGAAACUCCACUCUUGCAUUUUCAUAUUUCCCCAUUUAACUUUCUUGCCCAUAAAUUUAUUUUAUCCCCUUUUUGGCCCUCUCCCUCUCUCUGUUUCUGGGUGUGACAUUGGGGAUAAGGAGGCAAAAGGAGCAGGAGGAAAAUGGGGAUGGGAACUAGCAUCUUUAUCAUCAGAUGGAUCAAUUUUCUGACCAUGCUUCUAGCUAUUCUUGUCAUAAUAUUCGGGAUAUGGAUGGGCUCUCACCACGACGGUUGUCGAAAAUCUCUCACUUUUCCUGUCAUGGGACUCGGUGGAUUUAUCUUUGUGGUGUCCAUAGUUGGUUUCUUGGGCGCUCUUAAGAACAAUUCCAUAUUGCUGUGGAUUUACCUGAUCAUGUUGUGCAUUACGUUGAUCGGUAUUCUGGUGUUUACAGUGCUGGCGUUUAUUGUUACGAAUAAUGGAUCGGGACAUUCCGUUGCUGGCCUGAGGUAUAAGGAGUAUCAACUACAAGACUAUAGUACAUGGUUUCUAAAACAGCUUAAUAAUACCGAUAACUGGAUGCGUUUGAAGAGCUGUCUCGUCAAAUCCGACGACUGCAAUGAUCUCUCAAAAAGAUACAAGACUCUCAAGCAGUACAAGUUAGCAAAGCUGACGCCAAUCGAAGCCGGUUGUUGCAGACCUCCAUCUGAAUGUGGUUAUCCUGCUGUUAAUGCAUCAUACUAUGACUUGAGUUUUCAUCCUGUUAAUUCAAACCAUGACUGCAAACUAUACAAGAAUUCCCGGGCAGUCAAGUGUUACGAUUGUGAUUCUUGCAAGGCUGGAGUUGCACAGUACAUGAAGAUUGAAUGGCGAUUGGUUGCGAUCUUCAAUGUCAUUCUAUUCGUAGUCUUGCUGAUCAUCUACUUAGUUGGAUGCUGCGCCCGACGAAAUGCUGCGAGGAAUCGGUCAAAAGGAUAGCGGGAUACUGGUUGCUGAAAUAUCAAAUCAAACCGUAGUCCUCUUAUGCAUGUAAGUGAUACCUUUUGGAAGUAGAAUUUUUUAGCAAAAGAAUGAAGUUUGUCAUUCCUGCUGCCAUGUUUGUAUGUAUAUAGUUCGUUCUUUAACAAGUACAGCGACUAAUAUCCGUUCUGGUAUCACCUGUAUUUCGACUAUGAACCAUUAUUUUCUUGCACAGAAUGCCCACUCGGUUCUCGAUUGUGAAUACCAUACCGUUCUUGAUCUCGUUGCUGUAUAA